AUUUUAACAGCAUUGGAAAAACAAAUCAUUGGCUUACAUUGGAGAAAAGCACGUGGCCUCACUUUGUCCUUGUGGUCUUGUUAUCUUUGGCAGCAGAUAAAGCCGGGCUCUACAAGCCAAGGUGUGAAAGGCCAGUUGCCAGGUGAAGACUGAGGGAAGCGUUGGCUCCAUCGCCAAGCUGGGCACAAGACAGAGGCUGGCAGCUGUUGACAGCUGCUGCGACAUCCUGGAGCAGGAAGCUGACGUCAACAUGGAUAACUCAGAGGGAAGAUUCUUCAGUGGGAAACGGCCCAGCUUGCCGGGGGCACGUCAGCUUCCCAUGGUACAGAAGUUGGUGGACUCUUUGGCCCAGCUGCAAGAGGAAAAGUUGCAGCUGCAGCAAGAGUUGUUGCUGCUGCAGGAAAAGCUUUCUGCACAAGAGAGCAGCCAACUCAGUCAGACUGUACAGCUGCAGAACCAGACAGAAAGUCUGAAGGACCAACUCCUGGAGCAAGCACAGGAAAUGAACAGGCUCCAUUCCGUGUUGGGUGGCACAGAUCUGGAGAAGCACCGGGACCUUUUGGUUGCAGAAAAUGUGCGUCUGAAACAAGAGAUGAAGAUGUGUGAGGCACAACUGCAGGAGCUCAAGAAGAAGCAUCCUGUGAAAUGCGUGAACUGCGAGCACAGCCAGGAGAAUGUGAAGUUGCAGGAAAAGCUGGCCCAACUAAAGCAAGAAGCAGAAGAGGUGAAAGGGCGCCUGUCGGAGCUGGACCUAGAAGUGGAGCAGAAAACCAAUCGCCUGGCUGAGGUGGAGCUCCGGCUGAAAGACUCCCUAGCAGAGAAGGCAGAGGAGGAGGAAAGGCUCAGCCGCAGACUGAGGGAUAGCCAGGAGACAAUAGCCAGCCUCAAAGCCCAGCCUCAGCAGAUUAAGUAUGUAAUCAAGACCGUGGAAGUCGAGUCCUCAAAGACCAAGCAGGCCCUCUGUGAAGCCCAGUCCCGGAACCAGUACUUGCAAGACCAAGUUGGGAUGCAGAGACAGGUGCUGAAAGAGAUGGAACAGCAGCUGCAGAACUCUCAGAAGGCAGCAGUGCAGCUCAGAGCUCAGGUUACGUUGUAUGAGUCUGAGUUGGAGCGGGCCCACGAGCAGAUGCUGGAGGAGAUGCAGAACAUGGAGGAGGACAAGAAUCGAGCCAUUGAAGAAGCAUUUGCUCGAGCCCAGGUAGAAAUGAAAGCUGUCCACGAGAACCUGGCAGGAGUGAGGACAAAUCUCCUGACUCUCCAGCCAGCUCUUCGAACCCUUACAAAUGAUUACAAUAGCCUGAAGCGGCAGGUUAAAGAAUUUCCUGUUCUUCUCCAAGAAGCCCUACAGAGUGCCAAGGCUGAGAUUGGCCAAGCCAUUGAAGAGGUCAGCAGUACAAAUCAGGAGCUCCUGAGGAAAUACCGCAGAGAACUGCAGCUCCGGAAGAAAUGUCACAAUGAACUUGUGCGGUUGAAAGGCAAUAUCCGUGUGUUUGGUCGUGUUCGGCCAGUAUGUAAAGAGGAUGGCGAUGGGCCAGAAGCUGCCAGUGCCGUGACAUUUGACCCUGAUGAUGAUGCCAUCUUGCAUCUGAUGCAUAGAGGGAAGCUGGUAUCAUUUGAACUUGACAAGGUUUUCCCUCCUGAAGCAACACAGGAAGAUGUCUUCCGGGAAGUUCAAGCCCUGAUCACAUCCUGCAUUGAUGGUUACAAUGUUUGCAUUUUUGCCUAUGGCCAGACAGGUGCCGGCAAGACAUACACAAUGGAGGGAACUCCCGAAAACCCAGGAAUCAACCAGCGGGCACUGCAGCUUCUCUUCUCAGAAGUGCAGGCAAAAGCCUCCGACUGGAACUACCAGAUCACUGUCAGUGUGGCUGAGAUCUACAAUGAAGCCCUCAGAGACCUGCUUGGAAAGGAGCCCCAGGAGAAGUUGGACAUCAAACUGUGCCCGGAUGGUAGUGGACAGCUCUAUGUGCCAGGCCUGACAGAGUUCCCUGUGCACUGUGUAGAAGACAUCAACCAGGUCUUUGAAUUUGGUCAUAUCAACCGAGUGACUGAAAGCACCUACUUGAACGAGCACAGCUCCCGAUCUCAUGCCCUCCUGAUUAUCACAGUGAGGGGAAUUGAUUACAGCACAGGAAUACGAACAACAGGGAAGCUGAAUUUGGUUGAUCUGGCAGGAUCUGAGCGUGUGGGGAGGUCUGGUGCAGAGGGGAGCAGGCUGCGUGAGGCCCAGUAUAUCAACAAAUCGCUCUCAGCUUUGGGAGAUGUGAUCUAUGCUCUGCGUUCCCGCCAGGGCCAUGUGCCAUUCCGCAACUCCAAGCUGACCUACCUGCUUCAAGACUCUCUCAGUGGUGACAGCAAGACCCUCAUGAUGGUCCAGGUCUCUCCUGUGGAGAAAAAUACAAGUGAGACACUCUGUUCCCUUAAGUUUGCUGAGAGGGUUCGCUCUGUUGAACUGGGCUGUGGCUCUCGGAGGACAGAAUUGGGCUCCUGGACCAGUCAGGAGCACUUAGAGGCAGACUCAUCAUCAGUCACAGCACAGCCCUGCAUCCGAAGUCAGUCUUCUCCUCGGACUCGGAGAGCGAGUUCACUCCGGGCAAGACUCCAGACGUCAGCCUGGAAUUAAGAGAAGCUCUGUCUGCCUCCAGGGAAACUGAGGCCAAUCCCUGUGUGAAGCAGCUGAUUUGAGGAACAUGCUUUUUUAAAAGGAGUUUCAGAAACCAUGAAUACUUUUUAAAGAGACUACUCAUCUUCCUGCCCACUUCAGAGGCUAAUGGACACUGAUUUGGGAGACACAAAGAAAGGGAAGCCACAGCAAAAAGAAGGGUGGUGCCAUCUGCCAGCCCUUGAAUUGUGAAGGGUCUCUCCAUCAGACACACUCCCAUCCUGAGAGAAGGUGACAUGCCAGCCCCCUCUUGUACCUCAUCCGUUGCUGGCAAUGGAUGGACUUGGGCUUGGAUGCAACUGGACUUCAGGAGAUGGUUCAUCUGCCUAUUUGAUAUGAGGUGAAUUUUACUAUAUUUUUAAAGGGAGAAUGGAGGUCCUAGACCCAUUCCCAUCCUUUUGGCCCUCUGCAUUGAUUUUUUAAUUUAAUAAACUCUUUGCACCAAGAUGUGGCUUCCAAGCACCAUGUGUUUCUGCUUUUUAUAAAACGAACAACUCAGCGGUCUUCUUGUAACGGAAAAGCAAUAUUGGAAGCAAAAUUCAGCUGGACUAGGGCAGAGCUUAACCUGCAACACUAGUACUCACUUCACACAAUGAGUAGUUGGCUAGGCCAGAGCAGCUAUAAGCAUAGCUGGGACUAAAGGCAUUUUCUCUGAAUUUCAUCUUUCCUCCCCCAUACUCCAGGUGAUUAGAAAUCCUCUAAUGAGCUCCGCGGAAGGGAUCAUUGUCCCUGUAACAUACAGAAUUACUUAUUUGCUCCUAUUUGUUUUUAUUAUUGUAUUUAAGGAUAUAUCUGUUUAUUUUCAGUCCAUGUCACUUUUGUCUAUGUUCCUUCUGUUUUCUCUCAUUUUUCUAUGUGUCUUUUUUUAGAAGUCUCAAGUAUGCAUUUCUCUGCAAAUUUAAUUGUUAUGAGGUGAUCUAUGGUCUGCCAUUUUAUUAAAAAAAGGG